AACUUUCAACAGUGCCUCAACGCUGUCGCCGUUGCUUUGCUUAAGUGUGUGUGUGUCCUGUAAUCUCGAAUUUUAAAUAAAUUAAUUAAAGUAACAAAAUGGUCGCUAACAAGAAAAUCGCUUUCGUCGUUCUGCUGUUCGCCGCUGUCAUGAGCCAGGUUUUGUGCCAGCAAGUCGCUGAGGAUAACGCUUCCGAUGCUGCUGAAGGUCGCACAUUCAGCCAUCACUUCCUGAAGCGCUUGAGUUUUGCUGUCAUUCCCGGCGCUUUUGUUGUUGGUGUGAUAACCACACUGUUGGCCGCACUCACCGUUGUUUCAAUGAAGGGACUGGGUGUUGGUGUAAUCCUCUUAAUUCUGGCUAUCGGUCAAAUGCUGUCACGCGCCAUUCCUCAAGUGCAUGCUGCCGCUUAUACCGCUCCUGCACCCGUGCCUGUGGUCUACUCGCACUCACACACCCAACAACCCGUCUGGCUCGAGAAGGAAUGGUAAAAGGCGUCGCGCGUUGAAAAACAGGACUUUUGUUACCUCAGUGAAGAAGAUUAGUCCAAAAACCGAAGAAGAACGAAUGCUGAAACUAGACCAAAAAUAUUAUUAACUCUUAAUUAUUAGUGUUUUAAUUAAUUUAGUUAGUUCUAAUAUUUAUUUAUUUAUUU